UGGUGAUGGCGGCUCUGGGAGAGGAGAGGUGCCGGGGAGAAGACGACUGUCAGCUAGGAGCGCUGGUGUUCUAAAGGCCGCCCUCCCUUCGCCACACUGCAGUACACCCCAUUACACCUCAGUGACGUAUAGAAACACCCCAGUCUGUUCUCGGGCCACAGGCGGGAUAGAAAACCAUACGGCUACAAAUCAAGGCUGACAAGGCAGCAGAGUAGUCAUCAUGUGUGUGGGGCCUCUGAAGCGUUUCUGCCACUGGGGGCCACUCAUUGCACUGGGCAUCAUCAAGUCAGUAACUUUUGCCACUGUGAGCUGCCUGUCCCAGUGGUGGCCGCCCUACGAGUCCUGGGGCAGCAGUGUGCUGUUCUUCACCUUCAUGAGCUGUGCUGUCCUCACCUUGUACUGUUUCCUGCACGCCAUGUUCACUGGGCCCGGCACAAUGACCCUCAACUGGGAGCCUGAAAAGGCAGAAGAUAAGCAGUUCCUUCAGUUUUGCAACACCUGUGAGGGCUACAAGUCUCCCCGCGCUCACCACUGCCGCAAAUGUGGCCGUUGUGUGAUGAAGAUGGACCACCACUGUCCCUGGAUUAAUAACUGUGUUGGCCACAAGAACCACUGCUCCUUUACCUUCUUCCUGCUCUUUGCUGUCCUGGGGUGUGCACAGGCCUCGGUGGUGCUGUCUCUCUCCAUAUACCAUGCAAUCCACCGGACUUGGUACAUUUAUUACGGCACUGGGAGGGAGCCCAUCGUGUACAUGAGCCUUUGGGGGAUGGUGAUGUGUAUGUUUGUGUUAGGUCUGGCCAUUGGUGUGGUGCUGGCUGUUGGCAUGCUUCUCUACUUCCAGCUCCGGGCAAUAUUGCGGAACAGAACAGCCAUAGAGGACUGGAUCCUGGAGAAGGCUGUGCACCGCCGGGGAAUGCUGGACCAACCCUUCAUCUAUCCCUACAACCUUGGCUGCUGGAAUAACUUUAAGCAGGUCAUCAACUUGUCGUGUGAGCCGAUAGGUGAUGGCAUCACGUGGGUGGUGCGGCGGGAGUGUCACCAGUACACACUCACUAUUGAGCAACUGGAGCAGAAGGCUGAGAAACGUGCCCGGUGUCGUGAGUACCAGGUGGUGCAGAGUUUCUCUGGCUGGUGGUUCCCCUGCACCAAGGGAUUGGGUGUGUGCUGCCAUCCACCCUGCACUGAUGAGCCCAGAAUCUCCUUACAGCCAGGCGACAUUGUGGCUGUUACUCGCUGGAAAAAGUAUUGGUUGUAUGGGGAACGCACCAACGGCUCAAAUAAAACCGAGCGCCACCGAGGCUGGUUUCCUCGCUGCUGUGCCGUCCAGAUCCUCAGCACGGAGAGUGACUCUGACAACCCACCCACAGACCCAAACAGACCAGCACAGGACUUGCCUGUAGAAAGUAAGAAGAAAAGGUGAUAAACUCAGUGAAUAUCAACUUGAGGGACAAUGAAAGUAUUAACUAUUUUGUAAUCAACUGAGUGUUUUGUAAUUUUCUUGCAUGAUGAAUAUUUCUGAUGAAUUUCACAUUAAUCUGUGGGUGAUGAGAAGAAUGGACUUAUUUUUUUGUCAGUUGUCAUUUUGGACUUGUUGAUAUGUCCACUUCACAUUAUCAUGGGGAGUGGGUUAGCUCUAAGGUUACACUGUUUUCUAGCACCUUAGCACAGUCAUGUGUGAUGACAUGCUAGCAUAUGCAACAUCUCUUGGAGUUUUCCUUGAAAUCAAAUGGGUCAGGUGCUAGUCCAUAAGCCAGAGGCCACGACUACAAAUGAGCGUAUGAUAGGAGAAACCUAACUGAUCAUUGUAAGUGUUAGAAUACAUAAUACAGUAGAUGUUUGAGCCAUCCUCUCUAUAUACUAAUAGCAUUGAUAAUAAUAGUGAUGAAGAUUAUUUAAUACUGGAAGGAAUACUGGUGAGGAAAAUACAAACUAAAGUUUUGGUCUUGCUCUAGUUUUGUGCUGUGAUUUUCUUCAUAGGAAAUGACAGGUUUGUAAAGUUACAAACUUUAGUCAGUACAAUCAUCACCAGACCUCUUUCCAACUUGUUAAAAUGUCUCAUAAAUGAUAAUAAUAAUAAUUCUAGUGAUAUCAAUAAUGUGCAUCUUAAAAGAUGGUUGCAAUUUUUGGAAUGUGGUGGUCACUUGAGGCUGGUGGAAACUUUACAAGUUUGUAUUAGUUCCUGAAGGGAGUAUUUGUUGAUGAUCUUUAUGGUCCUCAGAUUACAGUACCACUGUUUGUAUGAAAUGCAUUUAGUGUUGUCCCUGUUUUGUGAGAUAAAAGUUUGGGAAAGUAGUUAUUCUCUAAUAUAGAACAUAAAAUUUGGGAUCUAAUUCAUGCUCAAGAAAGUGGACUUGCUCACAUUCACUUUUAGAAGUGAAAUUGUUAUCUGAGCUUGGGUUUAAGUGCCAAAUUCUCCAUUCAAAUUGUUUUGGAAAAAAUUAAAAUAGGACGGUGCAAAAACAAGUUCAAUUUGUAUUACAGUAAGUCCUCAAUAUAACAAAGAUUUGUCAGUGGUCAGGUCCUAGUGCUAAUGGUUUACUUUAUCUGUUUCAUAGUGUUUUAGGUUUCACAGCCUUGCAUCACUGUCACUCCUUUAACACCUACUCACUGUCCCAUGCAUGCCUCUCACCCUCCUGGAUUCUCAGGUCCCUGUGAUGCAACAUUUUCUUGAUUGUGUCUGUUUUGUGAUCUUCUGUCUCAUUCUGUUGCCUUCUGCUCAAAAUCUUUAUAUUGUCUUAAUCAUUCUUUCUUUACUUUUCAUAGUAGAAUGGAGGAAAUUUAUUUAAUGAAUGAAAUUGUAAAAAAAAAUAAGCUACACAUCAAAAGGUAUUGAUGAAUGCAUAUCCUUAAGUUGAGCUGCUUCCUAAAGGAGUGAGGAAAGCAGCUGAAAAUAAUCAAAUAGGAUGAAAAAAAGCAACAAGAAAGCAGAGUUGGCAACUUUGGUGAGAAGUUUCAGUUGAGCCAUACUUCAGCGCUGUUGCCUGAGUGCAGUGCUCAGAUACCUUGAGAGGAGAAAUGAUACUGGACAAACACUUGUGCUCCACACAGGUUGUUGCCUUCCUCCUCAAUGGAAUCUAAAACACAGGUGACAUGACAAAGUGUUAUAUGCCUUUAUAAACAUUUCAAUUUUAAGGUAAAAGUUUUUCAUAGAUAGUUUAAGCACUCCAUCCACUUCAAAACAAUUGUUGACACAGUUGUUCUUUCCUACCGUUUUGCCUAACUUCUUUAAAAAGCUUUGGUUUGGUAGCCCUUAUUUGGUUUAGGAAAAGAAUCUGUCUCUUGUCUGAAGCACUACUAGAAAGGUAUGACAGAAAAACCUUGUAGGAAGAUGUUCAUGAAUAGGGUGUUCACUGGCAAGGAGGCAGUGCUGAGAACUGACCACAUGACAUGCUCCACUGUUGGUCAAGUAGCUGCCACAAAUCUGUUGCCUCUCCCAGACAUGGUUUCCCUUAUACAGGGAAGACUUAUUCUUACUUAAAAUUAUUUGUAUUAAGGCAUGUUAUAUGGAGGGCUUAUUGUAAAUUCCUUACUGUGCCAAUGGUGUUCUUACCAAUCAUGACCUCAAAAUGAAUCUACCCAUAUGGUUAUGCUCCUAAAUUAGGAUGAAGGUGAAUUAUCCUUUGAGUUACAUGUGCAUUUUGAAAUAUUUUGAAUUUAUUUCAGUAGAUCAUAGUAGAAGAAUAGAUAUAAAAGGAUGAAUUGUAAGAGUAGAGGAGAAUGAAUGGUGCUUUCCUAUCUUAUCACACUGGCAUGAGGGUUCUUUGUGAUGGCCCAGAACAGCUGUGAAGGAUGCAGCUGUGUGUAGCCAGGAGGGUCUGGUCUGCCUCGGAUGAUUCGAGUUUGUCACUGCCUCCUUGGCCAUGGUCAUGUUCCCAAUUAUCACCAUCCCUUCAGAGUGUUGCUUAGAGGGAUUCCUGGCUCCCAGAAUGGUGCUGGUGUUGGCUGGCCCUUUGUCUUGCAUUGUCUAUAUAGCCAUCCUGGGGCAGGCUUUAUCUUAUGACCUCUUAUUUCAUGUAGGUGCUCUGAAACAUCUGGAGCUCAUAUACCAUAUACUACACACACACACACACACACACACACACACACACAAGCAACACUCAUCAGUUAUAAGAUCUAUGGUGCAUUAUUAUGAUUUUACAUUUUUAUUUAUUUAUUUAUUUUAUUUUAUUUAUUUAUUUAUUUAUUUAUUUAUUUUUUUUUUUUUUUCUUGCAAAGGUUUCCUUCUUCGUCACUAGAUUCCUUAUCCUGACGUUUUCUUUUUUGAGGCGAUGGAGUCAAGGAAUCCAGUGACGAAGAGGUUAUUAUAUUUCCUUCAUAUACUCUUCCAGUAUUCAUUAUGUCGCUUUCACUCGAGGUGCCAGUGAAUGACAUUCUUGACGGAUCAGUUCCCCUGGUCCCACGUUGGCAUUCCGUGGUGUCAAUGGCAGCAGUGUUCUGCGAAUCGGUACUCUCUCUUGGGUAUACGGUCGAAGAAAUAAGGACGAUAGUUAAAGAUAUGAAGUCCAAGUGGAGAGCAGUAGACAGCGGAGUGCCACAGGGGUCAGUAUUGGCGCCAAUACUUUUUUUCGUAUAUAUAAACGACAUGCCAGAGGGAGUG